UCCAAUGGCGCCCAAGAAAACUCUCCGUAACCCAGAACUAAUACCUGGCCUGGGAAAAUUCUCACGUUCUAAAAUGUACCACAAGAAAGGUCUCUGGGCAAUCAAGAAGAAAAACGGCGGCACAUUUCCAUCCCAUAAUAAAAAACCUACUGUCGCCGCUCCGGCAAUAAAACCCCCAAUGUUUUACCCUGCCGAUGACGUAGAAAAACCCCUUGUGAACAAACACAAGCCAAAACCUACAAAACGCAGAGCAAGCAUUACACCUGGGACUGUGUUGAUUAUCCUAGCUGGUAGGUUUAAGGGGAAAAGAGUUGUGUUUUUGAAACAACUUGGUUCUGGGCUACUACUUGUUACUGGACCUUUUAAGCUUAAUGGCAUUCCUCUUAGACGUGUGAAUCAAGCUUAUGUUAUUGGUUUCGCAAAUGCAAAGUUUUGUUCGCAUUUGCGAGCCCGCAUUUGUGAAGAACCAUUCGCAUUUGCGAAGCUGGGAAAGCACUGA